AUGGUGACUGCUAGUAAACCGGGGCCUUCCACAAAAGGGGAAGAAAAAGAAAAAGAUGACAAAACUUUUGAAUGUAAUAUUUGUUUAGAUACGGCCAAAGAUGCGGUUGUCAGCCUUUGUGGACAUCUCUUUUGUUGGCCUUGUUUGCAUCAAUGGUUAGAAACUAGGCCUAAUAAGCAAAUGUGUCCAGUAUGUAAAGCUGCUAUUAGUAAAGAAAAAGUGAUUCCAUUAUAUGGAAGAGGAAGUAGUAAACAAGAGGACCCUAGAAAUAAAGUGCCACCAAGACCAGCAGGUCAAAGAUCAGAACCAGAAAAUAGUGAUACAUUUCCUGGAUUCGGUUUUGGAGAUGGAAAUUUUCACAUGUCAUUCGGUAUAGGAGCAUUUCCAUUUGCAUUUUUAACAUCAUCAUUAAACAUUGGAGAUCACAGGCCUAGUGCCUCGCCAAGAGGCACACCUCGAUAUGAAGAAGAUCAAUUUCUAUCGAAAUUAUUUUUGGGAAUUGCUCUCAUAUUCAUAUUUUGGCUUAUAAUAGCAUAA